UGUGCACCCUCCCUCCUCCAGUGUCCUGCCAUGGAGGCCAACUCAAAGCGGACAAAAAGACACAUCUCACUCUUACACACACAAUCUCACACGGCAGACACCCACUCACACACACACCAGCUACCCAUCCUGCGGACAAUGUUCAGCUGGCUAUGGGUGUGGCUGUGGGUGGCCACAGCGGUGUUGUUGCCGGCAGAGGCGUGGGGCACGACCUUCAAAGUAGCGCUGGUGGGUCCCUGGACGUGCGAUCCAAUGUUUGCCAAGGCCCUGCCCGACCUGGCCGCUCGGCUAGCCAUGGUGCGCAUCAACAAGGACCCCCGGAUCAACAGUGGCUACUGGUACGACUACACACUGGUCAGUGAGGACUGCCGGUCGUCGCGCGCCCUCGCCCGAUUUGCUGAGCUCAAAGGCUAUGGCCAUGCCUACUAUGGCCCGUUCAACCCAAUCGUGUGCUCAGCGGCCGCGCUGCUGACUAAGAACUGGCAUGCUGGCUUGCUCUCACCCGGCUGCCUGGACCCUGGCACGCAUGAGCCUGUUGAUGACAAUUCAUACAAUGGGCCCAUGAGGCCGCGCGGCGCCUAUACCACUUUUGGCCGCCCGCUACCACUCUCAGCACACGUGCUUUUCCAGGUCUUCCGCUUCUUCCGUUGGGCCCACGUGGGCGUGGUCAGUGCCCAGACGGACCUAUGGGAGGCCACUGGGCAGGAGCUGGCCUCUGCCCUGCGUGCACUUGGCCUGCCUGUCAGCGUGGUGGCCACCAUGGAGGCAGACGAUGAGGGACCGCAGAGAGCCCUGAAUGCCAUUCGAGAGACGGACGCGGUCAAAGUGGUGAUCAUGUGCAUGCACUCGGCUCUGAUUGGUGGAGAGGAGCAGAAACGGCUCCUCACCACAGCAAUGCACAUGAGCAUGGUGGAUCGUGGCUAUGUGUUCAUUCCCUACGACACACUGCUCUACUCGCUGCCCUAUCAGGACGUGGAGUACCCGGCUCUGACCAAUGACAGCACGCUGAGGCGGGCUUAUGACGGCGUGCUCACUAUCACGCAGGAGUCGGAUGAUCGAAACUUCUAUGAGGCCUUCCGUGAUGCACAGGCCAAAUAUGAGAUCCGCACUUCUACAGCACCAGAGCAGGUAUCUCCUCUCUUUGGUAGUAUUUACAACUCCCUGUACUAUAUCGCCAUGGCAGUGGAGCAGACACGCUCAGAUACCAGCGGACGCUGGGUCACAGGCGAGGCGCUGGCCAACAGCAAGGGUGACUUCGAGUUCGAGGGCUUCAACCAACAGGUGUACGGUGGACAGGAAGGUGCCGGAAUGCAGGUCCGCUACGUGGUGCUGGACACAAAUGGGAUGGGUGGCCGUCUUCGACGUACACACAUGCUGGAGGCGGCACACACGAAUGCUCGCUUUGGUGGCCUGAAGUACAUGGGCCAAUCCAUCCACUUUGCUGGGAGCUCCCCCUCCAGCGAGUCUUACUGUUGGUUCAGUCCUUACAUGGCCUGCAACGGAGGUUUAAGUGGAAUGACCAUCUUUUUCCUGUUUCUUUUUUUGUGUGUGUUGGUUGGUGGAGGGAUUGCUUUUGCCAUCCGCAAUAGGGACAAACUUGGUGGUAUUGGUCCCCUCUUCGGUGGAGGUGAUGGUGGACCUACUAAACUGAUACUGACUCUGGAUGAUGUCCUUUUUAUCAACACCUCUUUGAGCAAAAAGAAGAUGAAUGAAGAGAGUAUGACGAAGAGCUUGGUGGAUGUGAAAACCCCUUAUCGGUCUGUCUGUGGCCGCAGUUACAUACAGACUUCACCUGACUCAACAAACAUCGCCAUGUAUGAGGGUGACUGGGUGUGGCUAAAGAAAUGUUCCAACGGAGACCAGGUGACCUCUGUCACCCAGAAAACGACAAACCUCAUCAACCAGUUACGGGACAUGAGACAUGAGAAUCUCAACCUGUACAUUGGGCUCUUUCUGGAUGUGGGUAUCUUUGCUGUGGUGACAGAGCACUGCAGCCGUGGCAGCCUGGAAGACCUUUUAGCCAAUGAAGACAUGAGACUGGACUGGAUGUUCAAGAGCUCCCUACUGCUAGACCUUAUCCGGGGGAUGAGGUAUCUGCAUUGGCGUGGGAUCACUCACGGGAGGCUUAAGUCUCGCAACUGUGUGGUGGAUGGCCGCUUUGUCCUGAAGGUGACCGAGUACGGCUACGCCAGCAUCAUGGAGGCCCAGGGUGUCAGCAUAGAAGACACCAACCCUACCGACAUGCUUUGGACAGCUCCAGAGCUCUUGCGGAGCCCCAGGGCCAGUGGCACGUUUGCUGGAGACGUCUACAGCUGUGCCAUCAUCAUCCAGGAGGUCAUCACGCGUUCUGCCCCCUUCUGCAUGAUGGACAUGCCUGCCAAAGAGGUAAUUAAUAAGCUACGCUCUCCUCCCCCGCUGUGUCGACCGGAGGUGUCGCUGGAUGAUGCACCCCUGGAAUGCAUCCAGCUCAUGAAGCAGUGCUGGAGUGAAGAUCCUGAUAAACGACCCACAUUUGAAGAAGUCUUCAAACAGUUUAAGCAGGUUAAUAAAGGGAAGAAGACGAACAUCAUUGACUCCAUGCUGCGGAUGCUGGAGCAGUACUCAUCUAACCUGGAGGACCUGAUCCGGGAGAGGACCGAGGAGCUGGAGGUGGAGAGGCAGAAGACGGACAAGCUAGUGGCAGCGAUGCUACCCAGGAGUGUGGCCCAGGCCCUGAAGCUGGGGAAGCCGGUGGAGCCAGAGGGAUUUAACGACACCUCACUCUACUUCAGCGACAUUGUGGGCUUCACUACCAUCUCAGCCCUCAGCGAGCCCAUCGAGGUGGUGGACCUGCUCGGUGAUCUCUACACAAUCUUUGAUGCCAUCAUCGGCGAACACGAUGUCUACAAGGUGGAGACCAUUGGUGAUGCGUACAUGGUGGCAUCUGGUGUUCCAAAUCGAAAUGGGAACCGGCAUGCAGCGGAGAUAUCCAACAUGGCUCUGGACAUCCUUCAUGCCAUCGGCACGUUCCGUAUGAAGCAUAUGCCCGAUGUCAAGAUCAAGAUCCGUAUCGGACUGCACUCAGGGCCUGUGGUAGCAGGUGUGGUGGGAUUGACGAUGCCACGCUACUGUCUCUUUGGAGACACAGUGAACACCGCCUCCCGAAUGGAGUCCACUGGGCUGCCCUAUAGGAUCCAUAUGAAUCAGAGCAUAGUGGAUAUUUUAACAAGCUUGAAGCUCGGCUAUAAGAUUGUUGUCAGAGGGAAUACGGAACUAAAGGGGAAGGGUCAUGAGACCACCUACUGGCUGGUUGGGAGAGAGGGCUACACCAAAGAACUACCUGUACCACCAGACCUCACUGGAGGGGCGAGUAAUCAUGGCAUCAGCCUGGAGGAUCUCCCUCCCGACCGCAGACAGAAGUUCCUCGAUAGACAGAAUCAGAAUAAGAAGAGUUGAAAAGGAAAGAUUCCUCUGCAUCAACUGCCCAUCUCAGGAAAGGGGGGAAGUUGGAGAAGAGAGGAAUGGAAAGGUUUUUUUAAACUACUGUAUGUGCACUCUCAUGUGUGAAGCACCGUGCCCUCCACAACAAAUCCAACC